AUGUGCUCCAUGCCCGCACUGCCCAGCCCCGGCGCCCCCAUCACACUGCGCAUCUCCUUCGUGGACGUGCACCCGGAGGUGAUCCCCGUGCAGCUGUGGGGGCUGGUGGGCGACCGGCGGGAGGAGUACAUGCGAUUGGGCCAUGACAUCCAGGUGGCUGCAGCGGCGGUGGCGGCCCGGACCCGGGCCAUGCCUGCUGCCAACCCUGGCGAGCUGUGCCUCGUGCAGCUGGGGCACCGCUGGCAUCGCUGCCGCGUGGUUAGCCGCCAAGAGCAGGAGUGCCGGGUCUUCCUCCUGGACGAAGGUCGCACAGUCACGGCCAACUCGACAGCCCUGGCCCCGGGCCGCAACGAGUUCUUCCAUCUGCCGUCAGAGGUGCUGGGCUGCGUGCUGACCAGCCUGGUGCCGCUCGGGGGAGGUGGAGGCGGGGAGCCCCAGCAGUGGUCCCGAGGCGCGGUGGAUUUCCUUGGCCACCUCCAGGGCAAGGAGGUGCAGGGCCGUGUGCAGGAUGUGCUUCUUCCCCAGCGCCUGGUGCUGCUGGAGGUGCCCACCGUGUUCCAGCAGAUGCAGGACCUGGGCCUGGCUCAACAGGUGCCAGACAGCCUCUUUCGAUCCCUGCUGAAGCGCUACAUCAAUGCAGCGGGGGCCUCAGUGCUCCUCCCGCAGGCCCUGCCCAAGCAGGAGCCCCCACAGCUCUUGGAUUACUUCUACCCCCAGCUGCAGCUGGGUGUCACGGAGCCCGUGGUGGUGACCCAAGUGUGCCACCCCCACCGCCUCCACUGCCAGCUCCGCAGCCUUUCCCAGGAGAUCCGCCGGCUGUCGGACAGCAUGGCCCAUGCCUAUCGGGCAACAGGUACCGGGGACGAAAGUGGGAGAAGCAGCAGCUGGGAGGAGAGGGAGGAAAACCCUGACAAGCCCGGCUCCCCGUGCGCUGCUUGUGGCCUGGACGGACAGUGGUACCGUGCGCAGCUGCUGGAGAAUUUUCGACCCCAACGCUGCGCCCAAGUGCUGCAUGUAGACUAUGGGAGGAAGGAGCUAGUGAACUGUGGUAGUUUGAGAUAUUUGCUUCCUGAAUAUUUUCGGAUGCCAGUAGUUACUUAUCCCUGUGCCUUGUAUGGACUCUGGGAUGGUGGGCGAGGUUGGUCUCGUUCCCAAGUAGGAGACCUCAAGGCCCUAAUCCUAGGUCAGGCAGUGAAUGCCAAAAUUGAAUUUUAUAGUUCCUUUGAACAUGUUUAUUAUGUAACCUUAUAUGGAGAGGAUGGGAUUAAUCUCAACUGUGCUUUCGGGGUCCAGUCCUGCUGUCUAGCGGACAGACUUCUCCAGAGCCCAGGCUUAGAAGAAGAGGAAGGGAAGGAGCAGUCUGAACCUGAGGAAGGGUUGGAAGAUGACCUGUCCCCCGCAAUCCUGAAAACUGUGCGCCUGAAGGCUAAUUCUUUCUAUGAUGCCCAGGUGGAAUUUGUUAAAGAUCCCUCGGAGUUUUGGAUCAGAUUGAGAAAACACAGCGGCCCCUUUGGCAAGUUAGUGAGGAGUAUGUGUAACUUCUACUCAUCGAGAAAGCUGGAUGGCUUAGUCCUGCAACCCGUGCCCGACCAUCUCUGCUGUGCCAAAUGGAAAGAGCAUGGGUAUUAUAGGGCUGUAGUCACUAGAUUGGUGGGGGACAAAAGCGUGGAGGUGCAUUUGGUAGAUCGGGGCAAUACAGAGACAGUGGGCUGCUAUGAUGUAAAAAUGCUGCUUCCCCAGUUCAGGCAGCUCCCAGCAGUGGCAUUGAAGUGCUGUCUAGCUGAUAUCUGGCCCUUGGGGGAAAGCUGGAGCCGAGAAGCAAUUUCCUAUUUCAAAAAGACAGUGCUGCACAAGGAGUUGGUCAUUCAUGUUCUUGAUAAGCAGGAUAGCCAGUAUGUCAUUGAAAUUCUUGAUGAAUCAAGGAUGGGGGAAGAAAAUGUAAGCAAAUUGAUUGCCCAAGCUGGAUAUGCCAAAUACCAAGAAUUUGAGAUGAUGGACAUCAGGCCACCUGCUGAUUUCCAGGGGCAAAUUCCAAAUCAACUAAGUGCCGAUUGUAACAGAGUGUCUUCUGCCAGGAAAAUUGGAGUAGGACAAUGGGGAAAGAAAGAUAACAAGCCUCCAGUUUCAGAGGUUGUGACUAAAAGAACAAUUGUUACAAAAAGCUCUUUUGGCGAAUCAAUCAUGCAGUCAACAGAGAAAACUAGAAAUAUGCCCAUCUAUUCUCCGCUAGUACAAAAUUAUUUGGAAAUUAAGCCAGACUCUCCCUGUAAAGGUCAGUUGGAAGUUGGGAGCACAGUAGAAGUCAAAGUGUCUUAUGUUGAAAGCCCUGGAUAUUUCUGGUGCCAACUGACCAGAAACGUUCAAAGUCUCCGAACCCUAAUGUGUAAAAUUCAGGAUUUUUGCAAGAAUUCUGCCACUCCAUACCAGGGAAUCAGUCCAGCUUGCUUGGCAAAGCGUACUAUUAAUGGGAAAUGGUCCAGAGCUUUGAUUAUUAGUGGAACCCCUUCUGCUGACAAGGCCAAAGUAAUAUUUGUUGACUAUGGAAAUAAAGAGGUAGUCUCUAUGAAGAAUAUCUAUUCAAUCAAUGAUGAAUUUUUAAAGUUAAAGGCUCAAGCUUUUAGAUGCAGCCUUUACAAUUUAAUUCAACCAGCUGGUCAGAAUCCCUUUGUUUGGGAUGAAAGAGCAAUUCAAGCUUUUAAAGAAUUUGUAGAUAAUGCCUGGGAAGAUAAUCUGGAGUUGAAAUGCACGAUUUUUGCCCUUGCAGCAAUAAAUAAUAAAGAACUCUUUAAUGUGGUAGACUUACUAACUCCUUUUCAAAGUGCUUCCCGCUACCUAACAGAAAUUGGGUUUGCAAGACAAGUUAGACUUCAGAAACCUCUAGCAUCCUCCAUGCAGCUCCAUUCCUACUAUUAUUCCACACAUGACAUCAAAAUUGGAAGCGAAGAAGCUGUUUUUGUAACACACGUUGAUGGACCUUGGACCUUUUAUUGCCAGCUUGCAAGGAGCUCAGGUGUGCUAGAGCAGCUGUCAAGUGAUAUUUUUCGAUUAAGCAAAGUCUUACAACAUUCUAAAACAUCUUCAUUAAGCCCUGGAAUCUUGUGCCUUGCAAAAUAUAGUGACCAGAAUUGGUAUAGAGGAAUAGUUACAGGCAAAGAACCAAACAAAGUUUUCUUUGUUGACUUUGGGAAUGUUCAUGUGGUUACAGAUGAAGACUUGCUUCCCAUCCCAGGUGAUGCUUAUGAUCUCUUACUUUUGCCCAUGCAAGCUGUGAAAUGUUCUUUGUCUGAUGUCUAUGAUAAUACUCCUAAAGAAAUUGCAGGUUGGUUUGAAGAGGCUGUACUAGACAAAUCAUUGAAGGCUUUAGUUGUAGCAAAAGAUCCAGAUGGAAGGUUGAUUAUUGAAUUGUAUGAUGGUAGUGUUCAGAUUAAUGCUAAAAUAAAUGAGAAGUUGGGUUUACUAGGUUACAAAAGGCCAAAGAAAGUAGAAAAUGAAGAGUUUCUCUCUUCAGCCCAAACCCUUAGAGAAGUAAAAAGUGAAAAUAGGAAAUUACUUGCUGGAUAUUCCAGCGAAACAGCAAACAAAUUAUGCAUAUCAGAGAUCCAGGGAGAAUCAUGCAAACCUAAAAUCAGUUUAGCAUGUAAGGAAUUAAAACACUUACAAAGUUCAACCAAGAUAGGCUUGUUAACUAAUUAUCAGGAAUCUGUGGGAAGUCAAAAUUAUCAAGUGUCCCACCCACCUGAUAAAAUAGGAGAGAAUUCUAUUCAACCUUCUGCACAAGUCUUAGAGAGAAAUAAGGACUUACCACUUAAAUUUUGUGAUCUACCUAAGAAGAGUAUUGUGCCUGGUUUUAAAACUAAGGUAUAUGUUUCCCAUAUCAAUGAUCUAACAGACUUUUAUAUUCAAUUAGCCGAUGAUGAAGAUGAACUUGCGAGUAUUUCAGAGAAGUUAAAUGAUGAUAAAAUAAGACAUGAAGGUUUUGUUGGACAACCUCUAGAAAAGGGAGAGUUGCUGUGUGCGGUUUUUCCAGAGGAUGACUUGAGGUAUCGGGCUGUAGUUAAAGAGCAGUCUGGCAACCUUGUCACUGUACAAUUUAUAGACUAUGGAAACACUUCAGUGGUCAACAUUAGCAAACUAAGCAAGCUUCAGAAAGUUAAUGCCUUAGUUCCAGGGAUGAGUAUUCACUGUACCCUGGGUAGGCUUCAUAUCCUGCCAACUAAAAACCAAUGUCAAGACCUUUACUUUUCAGAGAGAACAGGUGAGGCUCAGAUAAAUUGUGAAUUUGUCAUGAAAUCUGAAGAUAAGUGGGAUGUUUUGCUUACGGAUGAGCAGGGUGUAAUAUCAGAAGAUAUGAUGAGCAAAUUUAUAUCUAGUGCGAAAUCACAAGUAGAAACUUCUGCCCAGAUAAAUAUAGAGUCCCUUAAAGAUCCUGGCAAAACAAAUUUUAAAUUGCUUAACUGGUACUUUCCAGAAGUAAAUAAGAUAAAAGUCUAUGCUACUGUGAUUGAUGGACCAGAGUAUUUUUGGUGUCAGUUUGCCGACACAAAAGUCCUUGAUUGCUUGGACCCCCAGGUGCAGGCUGCUGGAGAACAUGCGGCAUUCUGUGCAGACUGCAUUUCAGUUAUUCAGUCAGGUGUGGCCUGUAUUGUUAAAUACAUCGAAGAUGGACGUUUUUACAGGGGACUUGUUACUGAUGUGCUAGAGGGAGACCUCAUAUCGGUCAGGUUUGUGGACUUCGGGAAUGCUGUAAAUUUUGGCAGAAAUGCCCUGUGGAAUAUCCCUGGUGACCUCCUGAAUGUUAAUAUGCAGUGUUUCCCCUGUUGUCUAUCAGGAUAUAAUGUUUUAGAAGGUAUAUGUUCUUUUGAAGAAAACGACUAUUUUUAUGAAAUAGCUACAGAAGGUGUUUUAGAGCUUACUGUUUUAGAGAUCAAAAAGGAUGUUUGCGAUAUACCACUGGCAGUGGUUCAAUUAAAGUAUGAAGGUGAUAAUCUUAAUGAGAAAAUGCUAAAAUUUUCCAGUCAAUUCCGUACAACUGAUGAGGAAUUCCCAAAGACUUUAUCUGAAAACGAACAGAGUGAAGCAGAUAUUCCCAUGCCGCCGAGUCUUGAUGUUGGAAAUAAGCCUAACAAAGUUGUACAAGAUGACUUGCUUUGUGUGGAACCACAAGGAGAUAUUUUCCAUAUAAGUGGUGGAUUAAACCAUGUUGAAACCAAACCAAGUUCUGUUUUUGAAAGUGAAGCCAUCAUUGCUUUUGUGCCUGCAGUGGGACAGCCUAGCAAAGACAACACUGGAGAUAGUAGGGUAGAGUGCUCCUUGGCCGAAAAGGUCGAGUUUGAGAAUGACAAAAACCUGAUUACAGGACUAGAAACUCUGCUGCCAGGAAUUGAGACAAAGGAAAUGUUAGAACUAGAUUCCCUUGAAAUACCCUUCCCGAUGGAAGAAUCAAAAGAGUUCUUGAAACUGGAGUCCAUUGAAUUACAGCUUUCCCUAGCUGGUGAAGAAGCAAAAGAACUGGACCUGGAACCUCCCAUGGCCCAGCUUUCCCAGGGAUGUGACUCAAAAGUAACCCUGGAACAGUUUACAGUCCAGCUCUCAAAUGAUUCUAAAUUGAAACAGCUAGAACUAGAACCUCCUAUAGUGCCUCUGUCUUUAGAUAAGGAGACUUGCCCCUUUUCAAAGGUGAGUCAGAAGUCACAGGAAACUCUGUGUCUGGAGGACCCCGGAGAACCAAAUCACCUAAAACCCUUUGGCAGAUGCAAAAUAUAUUCCAAAACUGAAACUACACAUAACUUGUACAAAGAAGUAUUUACAGAGUACAAAAACAGACUUGUUGUUGAAUCUUUGACUCACUUGCUCCCUGAAGAAGAAAUAAAGGCGGAAGAAAACCAUGGGAAUGCUUUAACAGACCAUGCUUCAGCUCAAAUGGAGAAUACCUAUACUCUUGAAGGAUUCACCAUUGGUUCGAAAUGUGUUGUCUGGUCAAGCCUAAGGAAUACCUGGUCUGAGUGCCGGAUUUUGGAAAUAGCUGAUGAAGGUACCAAGGUUCUGAACCUUUCAAAUGGUAUGGAAGAAAUAGUGAACCCAGAAAAUGUCUGGAAUGGAAUACCUAAAUUAAAUAACAGUCCAUCUGAGCCCAGAGUGUUGGCAAGAGCACCAGCAGUGAGCCUUAGAGAUAGGUGCUGCAGCAGCAGCAGCUGCAGCUUCAGGGGCUGUCAGCCCAGAGAUAUUCUGGGUCAGAAUUCAAGAGCAGAGAGGAAUGCUUGUGAUUCGAAGAGAACAGGGAUUCUGGUCACAUUUCCAGGGCUGAGAGGAGCACUAAAACCUAUGGCUGCAGGAUAG